ACCGCCGCCCCCCGCCCCGCCGCCAUGGCCGAUGCCGCUCCGUUCCGCUCCGUUCCGCGUUUCCGGCCGGAGCUCUUAGGGCGGUGCAAUCGCCGAGGCCGGAAGGCGCACGUGGGGCGCUCCGCCGCCCGGCAUGGAGCGGCGGCACGCGCCCGCCGCCAACCGCCGGUACCGGCAGCGCCGCUUCUGGGACGAGCUGUACCGGCAGGAGGGCGCCGAGCCCCGCGAGUGGCUGGGGGCGCUGUCCCGUUUCCUCCCGCACCUGCGGCCUGAGCUGCGCCCCACUGACCGCAUCCUCGUGCUCGGCUGCGGCAACAGUGCCCUGAGCCAUGACCUGUACGAGCUGGGCUACACCGACGUCACCAGCAUCGACUACUCGCCUGCCUGCAUCGCAGCCAUGCGCGCCCGCUACGCCUCCUGCCCUGGCCUGCACUGGGCUGUCAUGGACAUCCGUGCCCUUGCCUUCCCUGACGCCACCUUCGACGUGGUGCUGGAGAAGGGCACCCUCGACGUGCUUAUGGUGGAGGAGACCGACCCAUGGAAUGUCUCACCUCAGGCGACCGCCACAAUGCACCGGGUCCUGGCAGAGGUGAGCCGGGUGCUGCGCCCAGGGGGCUGCUUCAUCUCCAUCACCUUCGCACAGCCCCACUUCCGCAAGCCCCACUAUGCCCAGGAGGCCUUCGGCUGGUCCCUGCGCCAUGUCACCUGCGGGGACGGGGAUGCCGGCACCUUCCACUUCUUCCUCUACGUCAUGCGCAAGGGGCAGCCCCUGGCCCCCCCCGACCUGGCCCUGGGGCGCCAUCUGCACCAGCCCCCCCCACCUCCCGACCCACCGCCACCCCCUGCCCCCCCAGAUGAUGAGGACUACCUCCUCGCCAUCGAGCUGUGACCCAGGGGUUUUCCUGGCCUCCCCACACACAAUAAAGCCUUAAGCUGCUC